ACACAUAUAUAUGUACAUGUAUUAUAUUCACAUAAAUAUAAAGACGCUAGAUAAAAGUUUGAACAAUUAAAAUUUUUUUAUCAACAACAUGACGAUAUUAUCAGGUAUACUAUUAACAAGUACAGUAAAACACGUGUCACAUUGUUGUUUUCUAAUACUAUUAAUAACAACAUUCGAAUACACAUCCGGAGUACUUUCAUUCGCGGAACCAAAGCCAGUAGUGGAUUCCUGGGAGCGUUAUGGCUUCAUAACUUUGCUGUUGUAUUUAUUGAGACUGCUAACAUUACUGGCACUGCCACAAACGUUGUUCAAUUUCCUGGGACUGACAAUAUACAACGCGUUUCCCGACAAGGUAACGCUCAAAGGCUCGCCAUUGUUGGCGCCAUUUAUAAACAUACGGGUAGUGACCCGCGGGGAUUAUCCGCAGUUGGUCAAAACGAAUGUGACCCGUAACCUGAACAAGUGCAUAGACGCGGGUCUGGAGAACUUCCAGAUAGAAGUCGUCAGUGACAAGCCGAUUGGAUUGAUGUCGCACAGAAGAAUCCGGGAGCUGGUGGUUCCGAGCGAGUACCGGACCAAGUCCGGGGCCUUGUUCAAAGCGCGCGCGCUCCAGUACUGCCUCGAGGACGGGGUCAACGAGCUGGCUGACCAUGACUGGAUCGUCCAUCUCGACGAAGAAACUCUUCUUACAGAAAACUCGAUCCACGGGAUCCUGAACUUUGUCCUCGACGGCAAGCAUCCUUUCGGCCAGGGUCUCAUCACUUACGCGAACGAGAAUGUCGUCAACUGGAUCACCACCAUGGCCGACAGCUUCAGGGUCGCUGACGACAUGGGCAAGCUCAGGUUCCAGUUCGUCAUGUUCCACAGGCCGCUUUUUAGUAUGAAAGGUUCCUACGUCGUCACCCAGACUGGUGCCGAGAAACACGUGUCCUUUGACAAUGGGCUAGACGGUUCCAUAGCCGAGGACUGUUUCUUCGCGCUGAAGGCCUACAGCCUCGGGUACACCUUCAACUUCAUCGAGGGCGAGAUGUGGGAAAAGUCGCCAUUCACGAUAUCGGACUUCAUCCAGCAGCGCAAGCGCUGGAUCCAAGGUAUCUACUUAGUCGUACACUCCAAGCUAAUUCCUUUGAAAAAAAAAAUAUUCCUAGCGAUUUCCUGGUACUCGUGGGUAACUUUACCUCUUAGUACUUCAAACAUUCUGUUGGCUGGACUCUGUCCUAUCAACUGUCCGGUGAUAAUGGACGCACUUUGUGCGUUCAUCGGUGCAAUAAGUAUAUAUAUGUAUAUAUUUGGUGUAGUUAAAUCAUUCUCGUUAAACCGCUUUGGGUUAAUGAGGUACUUAGUAUUUAUUUCCGGUGCCCUGGCUAUUAUUCCAUUUAAUUUGAUAACUGAAAAUAUUGCUGUGAUUUGGGCACUUUUUGGUAAGAAACAUAAAUUUUAUGUUGUCAGUAAGGAACUAGGACCGGCGAUUACUGUUUAGAUUUGAACGUUUUGAUAAAAUGUCCACUUGUAUGGGUCAAUUUUGAGAAUUAUUUAUUUAUGUAUUUAUUUGAAUAACGUUUACGGCUGAAGGAUGCGUUGUACAAAAAAAUGUUAAGAUACAUUUUUUUUAGCAAAUUUAAUUGUCUACAAAAAAGGUCCUUAUCAAUUUUCCUUAAAUUCUGUAACUUCACCCGCAAUUUAAUUUUUAAAUUUUAAAAAAUCAAAUCACUAAUUUUCAAAUUUUUCUAUGAUUAUUUCCCUGACCUUUUGCGGCUUAAGGACGCAUCCUACAUUAAAACACAUAAGGACCUUUUUUGUAGCAAAUUUGAUUGUCUACAAAAAAGGUCCUCAUCAAUUUUUGCGUAUCUUCAUAUUGUAGAGAGUUAGAAGCUCGAGUAAUGAAAUUGAUAGAAAAUAGCAAUGGGAAUUUUGUUUUAUCGAUUUUGAGGAUCGAGAAUUGAAAAUAUCGAAAAAGUCAAAGAUACCUUUUUUGUAGAGCGUAAAAUUUCCUACAAGAAAGCUCCUGAUGACUUUUUCCCAGAUCAAUAUUUAAAUAUUAAAUUUAAAUAAUUUAACUUAGUCAAUAAAAAUUUACUACGUCGGCCUAGUGGGUCAGAGGCGAGACUUCUAACUCGCAGGUCACGGGUUCGAUCCCAGCCGACGUCAGUAUUUUUUUUUUUAUAAAGAAAAUUAGAAAGUAAAAAUAUUGAGCAACGCGGACGUAAUUUUUUUAAUAAUUAUUUUAAUUAAAUUAUUUUUACGGCUGAAGGAUGCGUUGUACGAAAAAAUGUUAAGAUACAUUUUAUUUAGCAAAUUCAAUUGCCUACAAAAAAGGUCUUUAUCAAUUUUCCUUAAAUUCUGUAACUUCACUCGCAAUUUAAUUUUUAAAUUUUUAAAAAUUAAAUCACUAAUUUCCGAAUAUUUCUACAUUUAUUUUCUUUGUCCUUUUGCGCCUCAAGGACGCGACCUACAUUAAAAUACCUAAGAACCUUUUUUGUAGCAAAUUUAAUUGUCUACAAAAAAGGUCCUCAUCACUUUUUACGUAUCUUCAUAUUUUAGCGAUCUAGAAGCUAAAUGAUAAGACGCUCUGAGUAGAAAAGCGGCGCGUUGGCAGCGCUUGCCUUCGGCUCGUGAUGCCAAGUUUCGUACCGCGCCAACGUAAAAUAAUUUUUCAUACAAGUGGACACCCACAAUUUUUUUUAAAUCAAUCAAUUAAUUUACAUUUAUUAAUUAACUUAAUAAUUACUUUAAAAAACGACAAUCGCUGAUAGUUACAUAUUUUUAAUUAUUAAUUACAUGGGUAUUAAAUUAUUCAAAGAAACAAACAAUCAAUUAAUGUUAAAAAACGCUUUUAUUAUUUAGUAUUUAAGAUCAACACUUUGAUUAAAUUAAAUUAGUGCCAUCUUUGCUCUUGACUUUUUUUAUGUUUAAUUAAUUGAUUAAUUUUGUUGGUUUUUUUUUAAAUGUCUAGUCAUAGGCGGCAUAAAUUUUUGAUUUUAAAAAUUAAUCAAUCAACUGAUCAAUUAAAUUAUUAACUAAUUUAUAAACAACGAAAAAAAAAAUUAUCAGUCAAUUUCUGAGUGUUCGCGUUUAAAUUUAAGCCCGCGGGCGGAUGUACGGAUGUACGAGUUGCGUAUAUCUGGAAAACUAAUUAAUUUAUUUGAAUUUUUUUCGCGGGAAUUGAAAAAGAGGGCUGUGUUCUGUAGCUCAUCAAAUUUUGAAGUCAAUCUGUACGUUAGUUUUGAAAUUAUUUCGAAAAAAAUACUUCGUACAGAAUUUCGUAACCUGUACGAAAAAUUUUUGAACUUUGAAUUCAAAUUCUGGGCGAAAUAUCACGGAUACGAAAAAAAUUAAUGAAAGCAAUUUUGUAGAGAAUUUAAUUUCCUACGAAAAAGAUCCUGAGGAAUUUUUACGUAAUUUCAAAAAUUCGCUUAGAAUUUUAAUUUUUAUUAAAUAAAAAAAUAACGAAAUUUAAAUUUUUGAAAAUUUCGCGGGGUUUAGUAAAAUAAAAAAUCUUCCAAUUAAAAUUAUUAAUUAGAGAAAGAAAUUAGUAAUCAUUGAACAAAAUGAGAUUCGUAAGCAAUCAAACAAAUUUUUUUUUAUUUUACCAAAGUAUUAAUAAUAAUAAUAAUAAUUAAAAUUAAUAAUAACAAUCAUAUCAAAGAUAAAAAUAAGUAUUACUAAUAAAUGAGCAAUUAUUAUUAUUGUUAUUAUUAAUAAUAAUAAUUUAAAAAUCGAGUUAAUUAUUUUUUUGAUGAACGCACAUAAUUA